AUGUCAGCACGACAAUCCAAGUUGCUUUCGCUAGAUGCGUUUGCUAAGACUGUUGAAGAUGCCAAAAUCAAAACCACUUCCGGAGGUAUCAUCACCUUAGUGUGUGUGCUUGUGGUGUUGAUGUUGAUUAGAAAUGAGUACACUGAUUAUACUACGUUAGUGACUAAACCAGAAUUGGUGGUAGAUAGAGAUAUCAAUAAGAAGUUGGAUAUCAAUUUAGACAUCACAUUCCCCAACUUACCAUGUGAUGUUCUUACUAUGGACAUUUUGGAUAUUUCUGGUGAAGCUAAAGUGGAUAUCUUGAAGUCUGGGUUUGAAAAGUUCCGGUUGGUUGAUGGUCAAGAAGUGGCCGACGAGACUCCUGUGUUGAAUGGGUUGAACGUUUUUGAUUUGAUCAAAACUGAUGAUCAUUCUGGCCCUUGUGGAUCUUGUUAUGGUGCUUUGCCACAGGAAGGUUACUGUUGUGAUACCUGUGAGGCUGUUAGAGUUGCAUAUGCUAAUAAAGAAUGGGCCUUCUAUGAGGGGAAAGACAUUGAACAAUGUGAACUGGAAGGGUAUGUUGCUAGAGUCAUUGAACGGAUCAAUAGGAAAGAGGGGUGUAGAAUCAAAGGAACUACUCAAAUCAAUAGAAUUCUGGGUAACUUACACUUUGCUCCAGGUGCCUCUCAUACUGCUCCUGGUCAACAUGUCCACGAUUUAUCUCUUUAUAACAAGUAUAAAGAAAACUUCAAUUUUGAUCAUGUGGUUAAUCAUUUGUCUUUUGGUAAGGAUCCAGAAUCAGAUUUGAUAGACUCUACUCAUCCAUUAGAUGGUCAUAGAAAGGAUAUCAACGAGAAGUAUCAUUUGUAUUCUUAUUAUAUCAAGGUUGUUGCUAGCAGAUUCGAGUCUUUGAACAAAGCUAAAACUUUGGAAACAAACCAAUUCUCAGUCAUACAACAUGAUAGGCCUUUAAAAGGUGGUAGAGAUAAAGACCAUCAACAUACCUUACAUGCUAAGGGAGGUAUCCCUGGGGUUUUCUUUUACUUUGAGAUUUCUCCAUUGAAACUUAUUAACAGAGAGGAAUAUGCCAAAACUUGGUCUGGCUUCGUUUUGGGGGUCAUUAGCUCUAUAGCUGGGGUUCUCAUGGUAGGAACUUUGAUCGAUAGAUCUGUGUUUGCUGCCGAACAAGUUAUUAAAGGUAAAAAGGACAUGUAA